GGUCAGAGACUGCAGAUACGAUACAAGAGAUGAUCAGAGACUGCAGACAUGAUACAACAGAUGGUCAGAGACUGCAGACAUUGUACAUGAGAUGGUCAGAGACUGCAGAUAUGAUACAAGAGAUGGUCAGAGAUUGCAGAUAUGAUACAUGUGAUGGUCAGAGACUGCAGACAUGAUCCAACAGACGAUCAGAGACUGCAGAUAUGAUACAAGAAAUGGUCAGAGACUGCAGACAUGACACAAGACAUGGUCAGAGACUGCAGACAUACUACAGGAGAUGGUCAGAGACUGCAUACAUGAUACAAGAGAUGGUGAGAGAUUGCAGAC